AUGGCGGACUGCAUGAUAGGGCCAAGGCUAUACUAUAGAAAAAAAUGUGGAAAUAUUAUUUAUAUUCAUGUAAACUUGCUUGGUAGUGUUUCUCAAUCUGAAUUCCAAAAGUAUUCACACAAUCGGAUCUUUUUUAUGGUUGAUGCGAACCUUAGACACAGAGGAUGCCAUGUGCAAAACGUUAUUGAUGAUCCUAAGGACUGUCAAUGUGAUUAUGACCGUUACUGCUCUGAUUGUGGAGUGUGAUUGGGUUCGAGGUAUAUAAAAGUUUAAGAGGAAAUAGAGAAGUUAAUGGAAGGCAAAAUUGCAGAAAUUUAAGAUUGCCAAGGUGCUUUGUUGCUUUUUAAAAUGGGUAAAACUAAAAUCAAUUUAAUUAACAUUUUAGAUGAUUAACUGCCACAAAAUCAUGGGAACAACUCUCACCAAAAAAAAUGGAAAUAAUAUACCUUAAAAAAGCUUUGAUGUCUGCAGUACAAGGGGAGGCAUGUCCCAGGAGACGGACUCAUCACGCACCUAUAAACGUAUAUUUAUAAGGUAUGAACCCAUUUUAUAAUUGCCUUGACAUGCCAACUACACUGGGCUUUGCCAAGAUUCGAGAAACCGGAGAAAAGAAAUAAGAAACUUCCUUCGGCUUUUUUUACCUUCCCACUUUAAUGUCUUUGUAUUAAUGGAGAAUGAUCCUUGGGGUUGGGCCCCGUGUUUCAUUAAAAAAAUUCUUUCCAAACGGCAAUCACAUAAUCGAUGUGUGAUGAGGGCGACAUUGACGACAAUUCCUAUCAAAUAUAUUACAAAUCUUAGUGACAUACAACGAAAGCCUAUUUUAAUGAAUACAAAAAUACGUAGAAAGUACUAGUAUAUCUUUUCUUAAACGGCAUGAAGAUUAAAAAAACAAAAUACCCAAAAAAAAAAAAAACAAUUGAGGGGAACCAAAAGAAAUACAACUGUAAUUUUAUUAGCAGGAAGAGCCAAGAACCAUCAGGGAUUCAAUAAGAAGAGAAACACCAAGGAAUGAGCAUAACA